UUUAGAAACAAUAAUAUAACUGGAGAAAACUCAUUAAUAGAUAUUGUUGCAUAUUUAAAGCCGGACAUAAGAUCCAUCAGCGCCAUCAGCUGACCGUGUCGUUUUUAUGAAUUAAAUUUAUUAUGUGUAGCAUUAAUGUGUUGAAGUACAGCGCUCAUUUGUUUAGUGGCGGUUUAUAUUUGGGAGAAAAUAAGAUUUCAAUGGGUGUGUACUAUUGUCAAAAUCGAAAAAUUAAUACGAAUUCCAUAGAUUUCUUAUUGAAUCAUAUUUUUGUCAUAUGCAUAUUUGGGAUAAAUAACUGAACUGUAAUAACUGUUUGUGUGCAAGAUAAAAAAUUGAUUAAAAAUGAGUGCGCGUCUUUUAAAAGAUCCUGCUACCGUUAGUAGCCGCAUAUUCGUAGGUCAUUUACAAACAGAUGAUAUGACAAAACAUGAACUAGAAGAGCACUUUUCAAAAUAUGGAACUAUUGUGGGAUCACUGAUAAAUCGAGGAUUUGGUUUUGUUCAAUUUGAAGAAGAACAAUCUGCUCAGAAAGCUAUUCAAAAUGAAAAUGGAGCAAUGUUUAAAGGCAGAAGAAUAGAUGUUAGACCUGCAAAAAAAGAUUCUCAAUCUGGUAGUAAUAAUGCAGGUGGAGGAAGUAAUAGCGGAGGAAUAAAUAAUUCUGGCAGUAUAGGUGGUUCUGGUAUAGGUAAUGCUAACAAUGGACCAGGAAAACCACAGGGUAGCUCUAAUAAUCAAUUUGGUAGCACAAACAAUCAUUUUAACAACGCAAAUGACUCCUUUAGUAGUGGAAGUCAAGGCUUUAAUAAUACGAGCCAGAGUCUUGCUAAUGAUAAUCAAUUUGGCAGCAAUUUAAAAGGAAACAAUUCUAUGACGAGUCAAUUCAUUGAUGGAAAUCAGAGUAGAGAUAGUACAAAUGAUCAAUUUGGCAAUAUGAACCAACAUCGUGGAAAUAAUAAUGAUCAAUUUAAUAAUAAUAAUCAGAAUAGAAACAGCAAUCAGUUUGGUACUGGUAAUCAAAACAGAAGUGGAAAUGAACCAUUUGGUACUGGUCCAGGUAAUCAGAAUAGAGGUGGAAACAAUCAGUUUGGCCUUGCUACAAAUCAAAAUAGGCCGGGUGGCAACCAAAAUCGUAAUCAAAAUAUACCUGGUGGUAAUCAAAAUUCAGGCAGUGGAGGUGGAGGAGGUACUACUCCAGGUGGAGGUGGUAGAUUACGAGGCACUAGAGGUGGAAAAAAUAGAAAUAAAAAUAGAGAUAAUUCUUCUGGGAACAAUUUUAGAGAUCGUAGUCCCAUUAAUAGAGGCACUCGUAUAGAUGAUAAAGCUGGCCGUGAUUGGGAUCAUAAACCAAAUGACAGACUACGUAGCAAUACUUUUGGAGGAAGAGACUCUUUUAAUGAUAGUAGCUCUCGUUAUGAUGAUUUCAAAAAUUCUGGCCCGCGAGAUAUGAAUAUAAGCUUUGGAAACACUGGAAAUACAGAUUAUCCAGCAAUUGCAGCUGAAAAAAAUGACUGUGAAAUUAUAGUAGUUAAUAAAGCAUUAACAGAAUAUGCAGAAGCCAUUGAAAUGCGUUUGAAGAAAGUAGGUUUAACGGUAGAUCUAUUAUUUCCGAAUGAAGAUGUUCUUUUGAGCCGUGUUCUUGGUAAUAUAGCAAGUCGUGGUUGUUUAUAUGCUGUGGUAGUGACCCCUAUUAACCAGGAACAUCACUCUCUCACACUUAACAUUUUACAUGGUUUACCUCAAGAGCACAGAAAUAUGCCCGUUGAAGAUGCUAUUAAUUUAAUAUCAAGGGAUUUUGCUAAUUACAAAGCAGGAGGUCGUUCAGUUCCUCUUAAUACUCCACUUGCAAUCGAGCGUCAUCCUGACGCCAUCCAAGUCCUUUUAAAUAUGUUAGCAGAUAAUCGUCAACUGACUGUACUACAAUAUGACAGAGUUAUAAAAUAUCUCGAAGUUAAAAGAGAAGAACAAGUACAAGUAGAGUUGGGUGAUGCAAAAGACAUACCAGCUGCAACAACAUUGACAGUUAAUGAUCCGAAACAAGCUGAGCUGCAAUCGAGAAUACUUAAUAUUUUGAAUAGCAAUAAAAGCAACUCGUCAGCACCAGCACCCAGUCCAGUUCCAGCACCAACACCAGCACCGGCUCCUGUCCCUCCAGCUAAUUGGGGAACAGCAGCAUCAACAAAUGCCACAUCAGCAUCAACGACUUCUACAACUACUACGGGAGUUUCUCCAUCGCCAUUAUUAAAUGAUCCAACGGUUCAAAAGGCUCUUGACAGUUUGUUACAAGGCAAUUUACUCAAAAGUAUUGGUGACCAACAACCAGCAGCAGCAGCAGCAGCAACAACAACACCUCUUUUUGCAGCUUUUCCUAAUAUUGGUCGUUUUUAACUAGCUUCACAGUAAUUCAUAAAACUUUGUUAAUUACUCAAACCAUUUUGUUCUUAAUCACUCAUUUUUGCUACCUUAUUCAAUGAUAAAUAUAUUGCACACUUUAUGAAAA